AUGGGUGGGUCAGUGGCGGCGGCGCUGCUGGGGGUGGUUGUGGUGGUGGUGGGGGCGGCAAUGGCGGAGGGGAAGCUGGCGGUGGACUACUACGCGGCGAGCUGCCCGCGGGCGGCAGAGAUCGUCUCAGAGACGGUGGUGAGCAAGCAGAUCGCGAGCCCCACCACGGCGGCGGGGACCCUGCGGGUCUUCUUCCACGACUGCUUCCUCGAUGGUUGCGACGGCUCCGUGCUCGUCUCCUCCACCGCCUUCCACCGCGCCGAGCGCGACGCCGACAUCAAUCUCUCCCUCCCCGGCGACGCCUUCGACCUCGUCGUCCGCGCCAAGACCGCCGUCGAGCUCGCCUGCCCCGGCAUCGUCUCCUGCGCCGACAUCCUCGCCCUCGCCACCCGCGACCUCCUCACCAUGCUCGGCGGCCCCUUCUUCCCCGUCCGCCUAGGCCGCAGGGACAGCCUCGUCUCCCGUGCCGACCUCGCCGCCGCGCGCCUCCCCCUCGCCAACGCCACCGUCUCCCAGCUCAUCGAGCUAUUCGCGCAGCGCGGCUUCUCGGCGCGGGAGCUCGUCGCGCUGUCCGGCGCGCACACCGUCGGGUUUGCGCACUGCAAGGAGUUCGCAGCACGGGUGGGCCUGGACGGUGGCGGCGCGGCCGAUGCGGCGGCGGAGCCGCGGUAUGCGGAAGCGGUGAGGAGGGCCUGCGCGGACUACCGCAGCAGGCCCACGGUGGCGGUGUUCAACGACGUCAUGACGCCGAACAAGUUCGACAAUGUGUACUUCCAGAAUUUGAGGAGGGGGAUGGGGCUGUUGGGGACGGACCAGGCGCUGGCGGGGGACCCCAGGACGAGGCCGUUCGUGGAGCUCUACGCCGCCGAUGAGGGCGUCUUUUUCAGGGACUUUGCUCGCGCCAUUGAGAAGCUCAGCGUGUACGGGGUCAAGACCGGCGGCCAAGGGGAGGUCCGGCGGCGCUGCGAUCAGUUCAAUGGCUUCACCACCUGA